AUGCGAUGGCUGCGGCCGCUUUCGUGGGUCUGCUCGAAGUUGGUCCAAAGUCUAUCUAGAGAGAUCGAAGUCUAUUUGCAUCCUCCACGGGAACUUCAGGGCCAAAUCUUCGGCUGCCCGAUCAAGGCCGCUGCUAAGCAAGAACAUUACCACAUUCUCGAGUUCCUCCUAGGGAAUAUUGACUUCUCGGGAAGUGGACCCCUAUGGUCUCACCAUAUUCUAGACAUACUCAAUACAGCCGCUGAGACUUCUAAUGAUAAGCUACCCAGAGUAGCUUAUUACAGCGCCAAUCCCAAAUGCCCCAUAGUUCCGCGCGCGUGGGUCGGGAAGAAUGAAGAGUGCUCAGCCAAGCUCCCUGAGUCAAAUGUCCCGCCCUCUUUCAACGGCAUGUCCGGUCGCGACGUCUUCAUCCAACUUUGGCAUCUGCCCUCGCCAUUCGAAGACCUCAAGACCAAAGCCUUAUUCAAACUUUACCCAGUUCACUUCUCCUAUUUUAUCAAUUGCACCACAGCCAUAAUCAAGUAUCUCCUACAGCCCCGGGAUUCCCGCAGCUUCGAAGAGCAAAACCGGAAUAUCAUGAAUAGAGACGAAGAGCCCACGCCCCUGCAUCUCCAGCAUACGAUCAGCAAGGGUCAGCUCGUGAAGACGCGGCUACUUCUGGAUCAUGGGCUCAAGCUCGAACCAGGAAAGCGAAAAUACACUUACAAAGCUGACUGUAUCACGUGCAUUGUUGUUCCCACACCCCGUAUCAUCUUCGCAGUCCUGCUAGAGCGCACCGACUUCUUCCAUCUACUACGCCAGCACGGAGCUGUACUCGGCAGCCGUCGGGCAGGCGGGCUCGCACUGCGGCUAGCGGCGGAGGAGGGGCUCAAGUCGAUGGUCAGGCUGCUGCUAGAAGAUGGAAUUCCGGUCUUUGGCGCGAGUUGCGGGCUUUCGCCAUUUGGUCCUUUCAAAGGCGCGGGCAACAAGAAGGCGUUGACCUAUAUUGGACAUGGGGUGCGGCGUUUGCUUGUAGAUGUGGGUGGGUUGAACAGGACGGAUGAUAUGACGGAUCGUAUCUCCCCAAUUUGUGAGAGCUGA